UGUUGAUACCUCAAGAUGAUAGUACUCAUAGUAACUCUAGCUCUAGCAGUAGGAACUCAAGCACAAAUAUGCUGUGUCCCUGCUCAGUGGGAAGGCACGGAGGGGACGAUUAUAGCUGUUUCUCAAAAUGAUACAGCAGACCCGACAAUAGUUACGGGCGCUAUAAGUGUUGCGUAUGAUGCCACUAACAAACGCGUGGCUGCAAUGUUGUACAUGAGUACAGGAGGAUAUAACACAAAUGUUGGUGUGAUUUUGAAUUAUGCACAGGGCAUUCAAUAUACAGUCAGCGGUAAUAACUGCACUAGAACACCUCUGGGUCCAUUUGUUCCUAACUGUAUUCCAAGUGAUGCAAAAUUGCAGAGAUCAAGCUAUAUGGGACCUCCCAGUAACAAGAUGAUGAUAAAUUCAUACACAUACAUGAGAGGACAGUUAGAAGUUGGUGUAACAGUAACAGCUAAUACAUGUGUUCCAGUUGGAGAGAUGGUCAGUGGUCAAACUGGAAAUGAAUUUGUAAUACAGAGUGUAGGUUUCAGUAACAUUACUCCAGGAAUAAGCAAGGCUGAUUCAUUUACUCCACCCACCAACUGUGUGAACAGUCCUAUUGUUCAAGCUAACUUGAUUCCAAUGCAAGGCCGACUUUUGCGGAGAUAUUUAGAUUUAUUGCCAUAGGCAGCUUUUAUAUGUUGAUCAUUGUGCACUUCAAUAAAUAAAAUAUAACACUUGUCAUUUUUAAAACAUAUUGUAAUUUUUCAAAAUAAACUAAAUUUUGUGUGUGA